AUGUCCGCUUCUUGUUAUUCGUGGGUAAUUUUUUUGAAUCUGGGGGUCUCGCCUACCCCCAUGUUCCAAGAAAAUUUUGAAGGCUACAUUUUAUCACGGAUCCUGCAACGCGCUCAAAUCCCUAAGUAUUUCGGAGGCGACUAUGAGUUCUAAACACUCUUUACUAGGAAAUGAAGACGUCGAUGAUGUAAACUCAGAUACGCUCUUGGCUGAGAUAUUCUGGCGAAACAACAAGAAAGAUCACAGCCAACAGUGGAGAGUAACUCGAUCAUGGACACUUAUACACUUACUUCUUAUACUUGGAUAUACUUUGAAAUUCUUGAUAUUACUAAAGGAUUUUCAGCAUCAAGGCGGACGUGGUAACCACGCCUUAAUCAAUUGUAAGAUCAACCUCCUUCUCUAGGCAAAUAAAAGAAUAAUUGACAGAGGCCUAGCACCGGCAAUAGAAGCCCUUCGUUACGAGAAAAAGGUGUUCCACUCUCCAGUAGACGGAAAUCCAUUUGCUGGACCACCAAGACAAGAGUUAGACGACGCAUGGCACAAGUUACUUAAAAGUACGUUAGAUAGGUAAUCUGUAUGAAAAGAAAGCCCAUAAGGAGCUAAUCACACCCUAUCAGAUAUACACAUCCGAGUUUCAAAACAGGAGCUUGAUGAUAUGGGAGGUCAAAGUUUAGAACUUUCAGAUGGCACAGGUUACCUUUCUUCACUAGAAGUAUAUCAUGAUUUACAUUGCCUCGUAAGCUUUUAGUUCUCUCCCUUGGUUGUUGUUACUGACAUAAGGACAGAAACGGAUUCGACAUUUUAUGUAUCGAGAUCACUAUCUUCCUAAUAUGACCGAGAAAGAACUUGCAUUCCAAACUUUUCAUACAGGUACCUGCCAUGACUGAAGGGAUGCGGGAUGCGGGAUGCGGGAUGCUUUUGCUAAAAUGUUUCAACAGAGCACUGCCUUGAACACUUCCGAGAGCUUGUGAUGUGUCGUGGAGACAUAGCCCUGACAACAUUUUACUAUCGUUAUCAUGAACAAACAGCAAGUCUUCUUGCAGAACACUAA